AUGACAGAGCUCUUCUCAGACACGUCCUCACAGUGGAAGAAGAAAGAAAGAAGAAGAGGAAGAGGGGAGGAGGAUGAAGAAGUAGGAGCAGAGCAAAAUUAUAACGGUAAUUUCAGGCGAGUAUGCUAUUAUUCAAACUGGGCCCAAUACCGUCCUGGGAUUGGUUCAUUCAAACCUGAGGACAUCGACCCCUAUCUGUGUACCCAUAUCGUGUAUGCCUUUGCCAAACUGAAUAAUGACCACGAAAUUAUUGCUUAUGAGUGGAACGAUGAAUCCACUGACUGGUCGAAGGGCAUGUGGGAAAAGGUUAAUGACCACAAACAAAGCAAUUCUGACCUGCGAACCCUGAUUUCUCUUGGUGGAUGGACGUUUGGCACGACGAAACUAUCGGCUAUGGUGUCUACUCAAGCCAACCGACAACACUUUAUCUCAACCACUAUCAUCUUUUUACGUGAUAACAAUUUUGAUGGCUUUGACAUUGUUUGGAUGUACCCUGGAGCACGAGAUAGCCCACCCGAGGACAAGCACAGAUUCACCUUACUGUUACAGGAAUUCAGAUAUGCUAUUGAAACUGAGACUAUACCUGCAGGCAAGGAUAAACUUUUGCUGACCGCUGCCGUUGCGGCAGGAGAAGAUGUCGUUUCUGGUGGUUAUGAAAUCAACGAGAUAUCCCAGGUGUUAGACUGGGUCGGAGUGAUGUCAUACGAUCUACACAGAGCACGAGAAUAUACUACUAGGCAUAAUAGCCCCCUGUACGCACAGCGUGGGGCUAAUGGCAGUGCGGCAACAUUAAAUGUGGAAUGGGCGGUGAAUAAUUGGCUGAAUGGUGGUUGUCCGAGAGAAAAGCUACUAGUAGGCAUGCCUACAUACGGAAGAAAUUUCAUAUUAUCUUCAUCAAACACCGGCAUGGGAGCACCGAUUAGCGGAGUUGGAUCUGCUGGUCCUUACACUGGCGAGGCAGGAUUCCUGGCAUACUAUGAGAUAUGCAUAUUGCUGGAGAGCGGAGCAACUCGAUAUUGGGAUACCGAGCAAAGUGUGCCGUAUGCUGUGAAUGGAAAUGAAUGGAUAGGGUAUGACGACUUGGUUAGUUACAGUAACAAGAUCAAUUGGAUCAAACAAGAACAGUUGGCUGGAACGAUGGUAUGGACUAUUGACAUGGACGACUUCAAUGCAAAUUGCCACCAAGGAAGUUCGAGGUAUCCGCUGCUAUCUCUCAUUAAAGAUGAGUUAGUAACUAACGAUGAAGCUACUAAGAAAUCCAAAAAAACAAAUCACCAAAACACAGUGACAGCGUAUACCACAACACACAAACGAAACACAGUGACAGCGUAUACCACAACACACAAACGAAACACAGUAACAGCGUAUACCACAACACACAAACGAAACUCGGCCGCACAACAUGCAACAACCGUGGCCAAGAAAACAGAACAUACGUAUCGUCAAUCCAUUGUGUCACUUAGUCCUACGAAUCAUCCAACUACAUCACUGUAUUCUGAACACCGUAAUGAGACUAAUAGCGUGACAGAACAGCCGAUUGCUGCCAUCAUCGUUGGCGUGAGUGCCGCUGGUGGCGCGUUAUUGAUUGCUUUAAUUGCAAUCGUAAUAUGCGUUGCUAGGCGAUCCAAUGCAUUAGGGCUGAUAAGGACAAACGUUCAAAAUCGAACAACGGACAUAUUACAAGAUGAACAAUCUAUCGGGGAAGGACACAGUCUUGUAUCAAAGUAUGAAUUUCCUUUAAAUCGUCUGCGAUAUGUGUCUGAACUUGCAAGCGGUAAUUUCGGAGUCGUGUACAAGGCAGUUGCAACUGGUAUUGCUGGAAAAGAUGGGGAUCUUCUUGUUGCGGUUAAAAAAUUGAAAAGUUCUGCCAAGUCUCAAAAAGAAGAAAUGCUAUGUGAAAUUCAAUUGAUGCAAGAGAUAGGGGAGCAUCCACACAUCUUGGGUAUUCUUGGAUGUUGCACUUCACAAGAGCCAUACCUUCUUAUUACCGAAUAUAUGAAGUAUGGUGAUCUUAAGAAAUUUCUUUGCCGAUCCAAGAAGAAUAAAUUCCAAAUGGAGGAUGCAAUUUAUAACUUGUGUGAGAAGAACUAUUACCAAAUUGGGAGACAAAUCGCUAUGGGCAUGGAUUAUUUGGCCAACCAGAAGUAUGUGCAUGGCGAUUUGGCUGCGAGGAAUGUUCUUGUCGGUGAAGAAUUGCUAAUCAAAAUAACUGAUUUCGGACUGACUGAUGACGUGUAUCUACAAGGUCGGAUUGAGCUUCCUGAAGACAAAAAGAGACCCAUCUACUGGGUUAGUCCCGAAACCAACCUAGAAGGGAAUUGUAGCACGCAAAGUGAUGUGUGGUCAUUCGGCAUUGUACUAUAUGAAAUUGUUACAAGGGGCGGUCGACCAUAUCCCGGAAUGACUCCACGAGAAGUGUUGAUAAACUUGCGAAACGGAUAUAGAAUGUCGAAACCACGCGGCUGCUCAUCUGUGAUGUAUGGACUCAUGACGCAAUGUUGGCGGGAAGACCCAGAUGAGAGGCCGAAUUUUGAUCAGCUUCGGGAUCAAUUAGACGAGAUGCUUCGCCAGUUUUAUGACUACUUCAACAACCCACAUGUUUUAAACUCAAAAAGAAAUGCGGGAUAUAAAAACAUGGAAAGCAUUGAACUGUCCGUGAUGGCCAAAGACAACCCCUGCAGAGUACGUGCAUCGUCCGAGGAAUUCUACUUUGGUGAUCCUAGUACCUGCGGAUAUCUGACUCCAAAAAACGUGGAUGAAGAAAUUGACAGUAGUGGUUUUAACGAUAGAGUGCCUUAUUUAACCACUACGCAGCCAAACAUUCCGGAAUGUGUGAACGAGAUGUCCAGUGACGAUGACAAUUACGAAGGUUUUCAGACUUAUUUUGACGAUGACAUCAAAUAA